GUUGGUAACAUGCUAAAUGGACUCCUAUCCAAUACUGGUUUAGGCUUGUGUAAAUUGUGUCGGACGAUAAACCCUGGCGGACCCAUUAAGCCUGGUGGGUCCGAGGGCCACCACGACCCGUUAAGCCUGUAUCAGUAAUCCCACCCUCGGACCCGUUAAGUUCGACGCUCUCGAGACCCCUCUUCGGUCUUCCGUGUGAUCCAUCCCCGUUGCAGACCCCGGCUUCCUCCCCUUCGUCGCCGGUAAACUCUCUCUCUCUCUCUCUCCAUUUUUUGAGGUCUGCAGGUCGUCGCCUGGACGGCCGCGCAAACCACGGAGGUGGCUGUUGGGGCAUCAAUUCCCCCUUCCGCCCUUCGUUUCCGCCUCGCCUUCCUUCUCAGCGUCUCUCCUCGUCGAAUUGGGUAGGGCGAUUCCCUUCGGGGAUUAGCGGGCCGUCAGAUGUGGUGGAUGGAUGCUUCCUUCAUCCGCUGUUGAGACCAACAUUUUCCUACUUUGGCGAGUGAGGGACACCACUCUAUCUGCUAUUGGGGAACAGUCUCCUACUAGCAAUAGACCAGAUUCCAGUGGAGAGCAGACUUUCCUCUACCAAUAGUUAUGGAUGAAAGAGGAGGUGCUGAAGAAGACAUUCACUACCAGAUCGAGCAAAUUAAACGUGAACGCGAUGAACUGAGGAAGGAUAUUGAGCAGUUGUGCAUGCAACAAGCUGGCCCUAGUUAUCUUGCAGUGGCAACCCGAAUGCAUUUUCAGAGGACAGCUGGUUUGGAACAGGAAAUUGAGACCCUGAAAAAAAGGUUAGCUGGAUGCAUCAGAGAGAAACUGAAUCUUCAAGAGGAGCUUUCUGAAGCUUAUCACGUUAAGAGCCAGCUCGCAGAUUUACAUGCUGCAGAAGUUUUGAAGAAUAAGGAAGCAGAGAAACAGGUGAAGUUCUUUCAGGGCUGUGUCGCAGCUGCAUUUGCUGAACGAGAUAAUUCCCUAAUGGAGUCUGAGAAGGCUAAAGAACACGAAGAAGCUAUGUCACAGAAAUUAAUCCCUUUAGAGAAGAAGGUAGAGGAACUUGAAUCUGCAUAUUUUAAUGAAAAGAAAGUUAGUACAUCCGUACAAAUGGAAUUGGAUGAACUGAAAAAGCAAAGUGAAUAUUGUGAGAAGGUUGUAAAUAAAUUUUAUGAGAUCCGUGAGAGAGAGAAUGGGCUUUUUGCAGAUAUGACAUUGCUAGACAAGUGUUCUUGCCUGCUAGAUGAUCCUCCAGACAAUUGGAUUUUCAGCAGUGACAAGGAAACAUCCACUUCAAAAUACAUUGCUUCUCUAGAAGAGGAGAAAGAGGCAUUGAGACAGUCAAUUAGCAAGCUUCAAAACAAUUUGCAAAUGGGACUCAAAAUUGAACAGCAUCUGAGAAAAAAAAUGCAGUGCUCGGAGAAAAGACAAACUGUAUUGGAUUCUUUGGUGAGGAAAGGGCUAUCUGCUUUGCGCAGUUAUCACAAUCAACAGAGAUUGGAAAUCAUAAAAGAGUUGGAUCAAGAAGCAUCUUGGAUGGACUCAAUGCUUGUUGAGGUUCAGAAGCAGUUGACUGAAAUUCAAAAUAAUGAGUCAAGUGUUGCGACUCCUCAGAGAGAAAAGCAAUGUGAUGAUACUGAAUGCAGAGAUGUGCAUGUCAUGAAUGAUGCGAACUCUAGUUUCAUGGACAAGAUGAGUGAUAUUCCUUCAAGUAAUGUUGUUCACGGCACAAGUGAUGCACCAGAUGCCCUUGCACAAGCAUUGCAAGAGAAGGUUGCAGCACUGCUGCUUUUAUCACAGCAAGAAGAGAGACAUCUAUUGGAGGGGGAACUUAAUAAAGCUUUGGAGAAGAAGCUAGAAGAGCUUCAAAGGAACUUAUCUCAAGUUACGAAUGAAAAGGUCAAAGCUCUUAUGGAAUUGGCUGAACUAAAGAGAGAUUAUCAACUAUUGAAUGAGAACAGACUUCAUAGUAUAAAACAUGGCAGUCAUAUGGCCGAUCCUGGCAAAAGUACUACCAUCCGAGAACAAGAAGGGAAACUGAAGAAUAUAUUGAAAAGAACAUACUUGAGACAUUGGAUGGUACGUGAUCAGAGCCAACAGGAAACUAACUUUCUUAAAAUCACUGAAGAAAACGGUCCAAUCAUUAAGACAGACUCUUCCAUCGAUAUUGCAAGGCUAAAAGUUGAGAAUGCAGCACUUCGGGAAAGCAUAGCAAAUUUGGAACAUCUUACUUCCUCAAUUCAUAGGCUUCAUAUUCUGCUUUUAAAGGUUCAAGAUGAAGCUUCAUCUGUUGGCACCGAAGAAGGUACAACCCAAGCGGUGAGCAACGUUGUGAUGGAGGCAAACCAAGUGAAGACUGCCCUUGGCGGCUCGCUCCCCGUCAGCUGGUCUGGCGAUGAAGCUGACGCCAUCAUCUACACGAGUCUUCACGAGCCUUCUGACCCCUCGGAGGCAUCCAAACCCGCGAAACUCGAUGCUGUUUCUGCUGCAGGACUAGAGAUGGUGGAUCUCCUGAUCCUAGCUGCCCAGCUUCAGCAGGAGAGCUUGGGAGAGAGGUGCGUGGAUCCACACAACACAACUAGUGGUUGAAAGUGUUUCUUUCACCUUCUCUCGGGGUAUGAAAUGUGAAUACACUAUUAGUAUGGAGAUCUUAUACGUUGUAUGUGUGUGUACAUAUCAUUUAGGAAUUAUUAGUUGACAUGAAGGUGCUUUAUUCUUAUACCAAAUGAAAAUUAAAUCGGUUUCUUAACGCA